CAUCUGUUAUCCGAAAGUUCAAGCACAAUAGAAGAUUUUUUGUGGGUAGAAGAUAAUAGCAACGAAGAUUUUCAGGGAAUGACAACACGAACAGUUUAUACUUCUAAAUAUAUGAAACGUGAGAAGAAAGCACGAAUCACUUAA